CGGUGUGUUGUGGACUCGUGGUGCUGGCUGCCGCUGUUGAGGCGGCCGGGAACGGGCGGUGGGGAGCGGGCGGAGCUGGCCUUGCCUCUGCCUGGCCGGCGCCGCAGUCGGCGCGGGCCGCGCCCGCCGCCGUAAACUGCCCUGAGCGCCUGCUGAGGCCGAGGGAGACGUCGGGGCCUGCACCUGGAGGGAGCCUGCCGCGCUGGCCCCGAGGAGGGGGCGUUGCCAUGGCGACAGCCUCUCCCGCCGCUGACGGGGGGCGGGGGCGGCCCUGGGAAGGAGGGCUGGUCUCCUGGCCCCCUGCCCCUCCCCUUACUCUCCCCUGGACUUGGAUGGGCCCAAGUUGGGGGCAACACCCUGGGCAUUGGGGGUUUCCAGCUCUCACAGAACCUUCAGCAUCCCCAGCUGGCAGUCUUGGCAUCUUCGAAGUAAGGAGAGUUUUAGAUGCUUCUGGAUGUUCAAUGCUAGCACCUUUACAGACUGGAGCAGCUCGAUUUUCUUCAUAUUUACUUUCAAGAGCAAGAAAAGUGCUGGGCUCCCACUUAUUUUCUCCCUGUGGUGUCCCGGAGUUCUGUUCCAUAUCCACCAGAAAACUGGCGGCCCACGGCUUUGGCGCAUCCAUGGCGGCAAUGGUGCCCUUCCCUCCCCAGAGGUAUCACUACUUUUUAGUGCUGGACUUUGAGGCCACGUGCGACAAGCCACAGAUUCAUCCUCAGGAAAUCAUCGAGUUCCCCAUCCUGAAGCUAAAUGGUCGGACCAUGGAGAUUGAGUCUACCUUUCACAUGUAUGUCCAGCCCGUAGUCCAUCCACAGCUUACUCCCUUCUGUACAGAGCUCACCGGGAUUAUUCAAGCCAUGGUGGAUGGUCAGCCGAGUCUGCAGCAAGUGCUGGAGAGGGUCGAUGAGUGGAUGGCGAAAGAAGGCCUCUUAGAUCCAAACGUCAAGUCAAUUUUUGUCACCUGUGGAGACUGGGACUUGAAAGUCAUGCUCCCAGGCCAGUGCCAAUACUUGGGCUUGCCGGUGGCGGAUUACUUCAAGCAGUGGAUUAAUCUGAAAAAGGUCCCAGCCUUGACUUCUCAGCCAGAAUCUCCGAGACACAACCCACAUCACCUUGUCCUGAGUGGGGCUCCUGGGAAGGCUCUGCUCAGAUUCACAGAUGGAUGCUUACAGCUUCGCCAUGGGCUGCUGGCCCAAGAAUGGACUUCUAGACAUGAACAAGGGCCUCAGCCUUCAACACAUAGGCCGGCCCCACAGCGGCAUUGAUGACUGCAAGAAUAUUGCCAACAUCAUGAAGACACUUGCGUAUCAAGGCUUCAUCUUCAAGCAGACAUCAAAGCCGUUCUGAUUGGCCGAGGACGGGAUGGGGCAGGACAGGGUAGCUGCUUGGCCCAGCCCAGAACCCUCCUUUCCCUCACCAGAGGGGAAAAGGGAGAGUGGCACAGCUCUACAUCCAGAGUGUCCCCCAGCCUGCCCUGUGGGCUUGCGCCCUGGGUAAGGGCUUGGCCACUCGGCCCCUCUGGAGCAGACACUUUGUGCCCCCCACCCCAAUCCCUCAACCUCAGCCCAGUAUUAGCCCCUCCCAUUGUGGGCCUGGGCUAGGGGGACCCAGGCACUCACCGCCUCUUCCCUGGUACACAGGCUUCUGCUGGGGCCACCGAGCCCCCCUGUGCCCCCUCCCAUCUGUAGUGCAUGGUGUGUGGUGCCCCCAGGGCUCCAGGACAGAUCAGGCCCCACCUUGUGUCUACCCCCAUCCCCGCUGUGAACGUGCCACUGAAUAAAGUCGGGGAAACGAG